AUGAACAUCACCAUGCGCGACGUGUACGAAACGAGCGCGAAUGGCGAAAAGUUUUGGAAAAUGCCAGAAGUGUACAUCAAAGGUAGCACGAUUAAAUACUGUCGUGUCGCUCACGAACUCAUCGAUACGGUACGAGAAGCGGAAGAACAAGCGCGCAAGCAUCGGCAACAGGCCGCCAACCACUCGCAUGGUCGUGGUCACCGUGACGGUCACCAUGGUCGUGCCCGCGGUGGUCAGCGCGGCCACCGCUCGCGCACAUAG